UCGUGAACGUUAACAGUCACUACUAUAACUGAUCAGUCGCUGAUCUGGAUUACUUCAAUUAACAUUGCCAACUAAAUUGCCCAUUAUGUACACGACUCAAUUGUUUAUCAUCUCUGUCGCGAUUAUUAUCGUACAUAAUAACGUACUUGCAGAAAAUAACCCAGAAGAAUGUGAGACUUUACCUUCUGAAUUGCAUAUCAUUAAAGAGGAAUUUGACGAACUUGGACGACUUCAGAGGACAUGUAAUGGUGACAUAGCAGUGAACAAGUGUGAAGGGGCGUGUAAUUCGCAAGUACAACCUAGUGUCAUUACUCCUAGUGGAUUCUUAAAAGUUAUUAUUAUUUAA